UUUAAAAAUGACUUCAUUAUUACAAUCUUGGCUAGUUAAAUACAAAUGUAAUUGUUCUGCUUGGUUCCCACUUUGCCAAAUGCAUUAUUGCCGGAAAUGUUCAAGAUUAGGAUGCCCUGUUUGUGUUAUUGAAGAAAUUGAUAUUGUUUUUUGUCCAAAUUGUUUAGAAAAUGUUACAAAUAUUGACAAUCAACAAAGACGGUUUCGAUGCAAAAAUUGUUAUGAAUGUCCGGUUUGUGGUCAUCUUUUGGGAAUCCGUUCACAAGGAGAUCAAUAUCACCAUCAUUGUAAUGCUUGUAAAUGGACUAGUAAAGAUUUGGAUAUUCCAGAAAAUAGAACAAAUGAAGAACUUUGGCCAGAACUUAAAAAUCCGUUGGAGAAGGAAUUGGGAAGGAUUAGUGAAUUAAUUAAAGUUAAACUUUCAAAUCUCGGCAUUUUACAAAAUGAUCGUUACGGCCUUCAAGGAGCUUAUAAUUUACGCAAAAAAGCGUUGGAAAAGAUUCCAGAAACUAAAGAACCUUUAAUUUUGUUAUCUCCAUCUGCUGACGUUCCCGAAUUAGACCCAAGUCUUUUGACCGAACCAAUUGACCCCGGAAAUGCCCCAAAUUUGUCUCAAUCAAUUUUACAUUUAAUUACUGACAAAAAAGGAAAAUUACAUCCUUUACAUGUAAAAACAAAUUCGAGAAGAAUUUUAAGAUGUGCCGAAUGCGAAAAUAUUAUUUAUAGAGGGGAAUUUUCUCCAAAAGAUGUUAAGCCGAAAUUACAGUUACUCGCAUCAGAUUUCUUUCCAGAAAUUAGAAUUUCACGACAAGUUGAACUCGUUUCUGGUCAAAAUUCUGUCAUCUUUUUGGCAAUAAAUAAUAAUACAAUAUAUUCUUUUAAAGUUAAAUUAAUUGGGAAAAAAUGUGAAAACGAUGAAAAAUGUGUUGAUACAUCCAAUUGUUCAUUAGAAUUGCUCAUCCCAGACAAGGACAACUCCGAAACACAAUUAGUGGAAAUAAAAUCUGAAGAAGAACCAAAAUAUAAUGAAAACUCUAAUACACUCCUUGCAAUUGAAGCACCAAAUGAGACUUCCAAUCGAGUUCUCUAUGUUAGCAAAAACAGAGCUGGUGUUUGUGUUGAAUGUCUCCCUCAAAUUGAGACAAAUUUGACGGAAUGUUAUGCACUUUUCUCGCUUUCGUUUACUCCAACAAAUGGCACUUUUUCAACAAGUACAGUUGAAAUAAAAAUAUUUAUCGGGAAGGCUUUAUCUAAUACAUUGGAAUUGAAAAGGGUUUAA